AUGCUUCAUUCAUCUUUAACAAUAGAAGAACAAGAAAAAGUGUUUGCUUCACCACCAGAAGGAGUCCGCAAAUGUAUUAUAAGUUCAAACAUUGCUGAAACGAGUAUUACGAUAGAUGGGAUUCGCUUUAUUAUUGAUUCAGGCAAAGUAAAGGAAAUGCAUCAUGAACCAGAUUCAAGGUUGAGUCGUUUAUCAGAAUUUUGGAUAUCAAAGGCCAGUGCCAAACAAAGGACAGGUCGUGCAGGAAGAACGGGACCAGGAGAGUGUUUUAGAUUUUAUUCCGAAAAUGAAUUUAAUCAUUUCCAUGAUUUUGCAAUCCCAGAAAUCCAAAGAGAAACGUUAGAUCCCCUUUUACUUCAAAUUAAAUCUAUGAAAUUCGGUAAUCCACGAGACUUUGAUUAUAUCGAGUCACCUUCUAUGGACUUUAUCAAUUCAUCUAUGGACUUUUUAUAUAACUUGGGGGCUAUUGAUUCUACAGAAAACUUGCUAGAUCUGGGCUCUGUCUUAUCUAAACUUCCAGUAGAUGCAACAGUUGGAAAAAUGUUGAUCUUGGGUGUGGUAAGUCUGCUAAGAUAUAUAUAA